AUGAUGGCCUCCCGAACAGCCAUACAGAGUCUAUUUCGAUCACUAAGACCGUUUUCCACAUGUCAAGCUUUACAUAAAGCUGCAGGAAAUGCAAACACAUUUUCUCAAGGACCUCCCAAACCCUCAUCUUCAGGUGGUAACAGAUUUGCAGCUUCAUAUAACAAGAAACCUAACCACAACAACAAACCAUACAAAAACCACAAAUCCAAUGAUAGAGAUAGAAAAAAGACAAAGGUUGUGAGGUUCAAUUUCGAUUCCGGCAGUGACCAGGCCAGGCUUGCAGUCAAGGAUAUCAUCAAGCAGGUCCAUGGUUUGAGUCCAUCGUACAAGGUUCAGGUAUUUGACCCAGAAACGAAGCAUUUGACAGUCACAAAUCUCAGCACGAUCGUCAAUCUGAUGGACUUUCGUCAGGACGGUAUCAGCAUGUUUGUCAGUAAGCAGGACAAAGGAGGACAGCUGCUGUUUCCUAUCAUCAAGAAGGUUCCGAUCCAGGAGAUGCUCCGAACAUUUUCUGAUAUGCUAGCUGCUAGAAAGCAGGAAGAGCUCUUGCAAUUGGGAAGUGCAUCCGCUAGAAGAGCAGCCAAUCAGAAGCAACAAGCGGAACGGAAGAAACUGGCCUUGAAGAUUGUACCUCUUUCAUGGUCCAUCAAUAACCAGGACUUGGCGAACCAGAAAUACAACGAAAUCGCUAGACGUGUCAAAAAGCAGGAUAAAUUUUUCAUUUACCUCGGCGACAAGCAUUCGUUGUUCAAGUCCAAAAAGCUCAGCGAGGAAGACAGACUCAUGGAUCUGUUGAGUGGAACCACCACCAUCAGAAACGUUGAAGAUGAGGCGUUAGAGAUAGAGCUUCGCAAACGUGAGAAGGUGGUGGAGAAGGUGAGGGAUAUCUUGGUGGAACUCGAUUGUCCUUUUGAAGAAUCGGGAAGUGUUGAUGCUAGGGCAGCUUUCAACUGCUCACCUAAGAAGGUGGCUCACACUGCAAAUUCGGAAGCAGAAGAGGUUUCCGAGAGGGAACUCAAAAAACAAAGACGUUUGGAGAAGGAACAGGAGAAGAAAGCGAAGCAGCAGAAGCCAAAGGUGGCAGAUGACGACCUCGACUCUCUUUACCUGUUCAAGCUAGAUGAUUAG